AUGUUUACAGUUGCUAUUAAUACAUUUGAUUAUCUGGGAGCAAUCUUCAGCUAUCUUAUAAUUGCCAUUGCUGUGUUUGGUGGAAUGUAUGAUAGCAUGUCUGUAACUGAACUCAGUGCACAGAUCAGUAGGGUAUGUUGCUAGAAAAUACUGCUACCAUGCCUGUACUUUUAUUUCACCUGUAGAUCCAAUAAGUGUCACUGAGAUUCACAAGUCGUUCAGCAUAUCAGUCAGACAGUAUUUCAGUCAAGUCAGGCAGCCAUUCAGUGAGUCAGUCUGCCAGUUAGCCAGUCAGUCAGUAAGCCAGCUGGCCAGUUGGUUGUUAGGUUAGUCAGUUGGUUAGCCAGCCAGUCAGAUAAUCAGUUCGUCAGGUAGGCUGUCGUUAAUCAGUAAGCCAGACAGUCUGUACAGUCUAUCAGUUACUCAGUUGAUCACACAUGGUGUCAGUCAUCCAGUUAGUCUGCAAGGCAGCUGGUUGGUCAGUCAUUUAGUCGGUUGGUCAAUCAGUUGGUAGGUCAGUCAGACAGUAUUAUAUUAUUGUACAGUCUGUCUACAGUCGACUAGUUUGUCUAUCAGUAAAUCACCCUUCUAUCGACAUGUGUAUAGUUCAGGUAAUCAGUAAGGUUAUUCUGAAGUCAGUCAGUUAUAAAUACGUUUCAUUAAUGUGAAGUUGAAAAUACGUAAUUGUUUGUUACUUAUUGAAAGUAUUUCCAAGUUCUUAAUUCCUUAUCUUCUUGUAGACUUUCUUCAAAAUAUUUCUAUGUUUCUCGGCACAAUUUCAUAAUAUUAUAAACAGCAGAUGUGUCCGUAGUCACUCGGCUAUUUUGACUUCGAAUAGAAAUGAACUCUUUUCCCAUGUUCUAGAGUUCUACACUCACGCCAAAACAGCUAGGCUGCCGCUGCGUAAGUGCCUGGAAAUGAGGUUGUGAUUGUAAAUUAACAAAAUACAAUCAAUCGUGUAUAUUGCCCACUUCUUCCAAAUUCGAUAUAAAAAGUGCAAGCUGGCUAUGAAAAAUUAGCCUGGAUGGAUAACCAAUCAGAAACAGUGAAAUGUUUUGAAUGGAUAAUAAUUAUUAUUAAUAGUCCACUGAUUAAUAAAAUUUGACCGGUUGAGAUAUGUAAGGUUUAUCGCCGCUUUUUAAAUGGAGGGAGGGAUGCUGGUAAAAUUUAAUUCAAAAGGCUUUUGUAUUAAAUUGUUCAUCUUUUUAUUUAUAAAUUGCAGAACUCUUUUUUUGCCAUGUACCUGAUCAACUGUUGGAGCCAGAUCAUUGAUUUAUCAAACGAUAUUUCGUCCAUGGCCGGAUAUGUUCACAGGUAGUUAUGGGAGGUAGCUAAACCACGUCUACUGGAAGUAAAGUCCCGUGCAAACGGACGGAGCAUUGUUGGCUAACAACUCCCAACAUUGUUGGAUGUUACGUGUUGCGUCCGUUUGCACACCCUGUUGCAUGUUGUUGGAUGUUGUUGCGUGUUGUUGCGCAAAGUUUGAAACCAGUGAAACUUUUCAGCCAACAACUCCCAAGAUUUCUUUUGUUCCGUGAUCGCCCGAAGCGUAGCGCAACAAUGUUGGAUCCGUUUGCACAGUUCUUCCAACAUCAUUGGGGCCGCGCACGCCACUACGCAUGGUUUACAAAGACUUAUGGGUUGUAUCCUUCCCACGAUGCACUGCAGGUCCCAACAUUGUUGAAAGUUGUUGCAUCUGUUUGCACACCACUGCCAGCACGCACCCAACAACUCCCAACAUUGUUGGCGCAACAAUGUUGGGAGUUGUUGCGUCCGUUUACACGCAGCGUAAGGCCUUUUCCCUGUUAUUAUGCUUGCUGGCUUGACCAUAGUCUCUGGCUUGCCCAACCAAAUUUGUAUUGCUAAGAGUCUUUACUCUUAUAGAGACGAUUUGUCCGAAAGGAUUUAUUUGGACUUAACCACUACACAAGAAUGGAAAAAGUCCACUUCCGGUUGACGUGCGUAGCUCAAACAAAAUACACACACCCACACAGAGAGAAAAAAGUGCAAAUAUAGCUGUGAUGUUAAGAUUUAAGAGUCCUAUUUUUCUCUUUUUACUAAUGGGUAUAAUUUGAAACCAAACUAUGAUUUUUAUCGUCCAUUUAGUAGACAACACCACAGUUCUUCAGAUUAUCGCAAUUCCAAUUGAACGUCCCUGAGACCGUUGAUUAUUGUACCCGAAAAAAAAGGUCUGUAUGCUUCCUCUUUUGUUUUCAUUCAUUCACUUUUUCUUUCGUUUGACAGA